AUGAUCCGAUCAUUUCAGGUAAAAGCGUCACGCCCCCUCAGGCGCGUUGCCCCGCAACGCGUCCGUAUACUGGUAAUUGAUUUUUCAAUACGCGAAACCCUCCCAAGAAUCGUCUACAAACCCCGGCACCGUUCAUCAGCUAUCGCGACCACCACUGCUGCCGCACAACGCAUGAUGCAAGAGCCUCCCGUGGGCGGUUCUGCUGGUUCGAGUCUCGGACAGUUCUCGCUUUCCCCGUUAUCCUUUUCGGGGAGCCAGAGCUCCCCGUCGUCGGCGAAAAAACAGAAGACCUUUCAUACACCGGGCUCGGCUAAUCCGAAACAAACGCUGUUGAAGCCGCAUCAGUCAUUACUCAACACGUUGAAGAAGUCGCAAAGCCCUUUUUCCCCCCAAGGCGCCAGAGGGAAAACAGGGAAAAAUGGUUCUAUAUUGAAUUUCUUUAAACCGGCGUCGGAAGGAAAGGAUGCGGGCGGUGGUAAUGGAUUAAAUGGAAAAGAACCCGUGGAAGUUGGUGCAAAAAACGACAGUUUAUUCAUCAAACAUGGAGGAUACAACUUGGAUGUCUCUGACCCGGAAGAUGAGGGCGGGGAUGAUAGUUGGUCUCCGGAAUCUAAAAUUGUUAGUAGGCCGGACUUUAUAGACGAGCUCUCGGAGGUUGAGAAGGACUCCCCCACAGGGUUGGGGGCUCAGGAGGUUUUGGGAGAUCAAGAAUCGAAUCCGGACGGCACUCUCGAACUUGAAGAAGGUGUUGUCUUCAAGGAAGGGACCGGAACUAAGGAAUGCACACCACCUCCACCGUCAUUACAAGGUCGGACCCCAGUCCAUGCUACCCUACCGGAGACACCGCCACCAAAGCCUAACAUCUCUGCAGACAUGGUCUUUGGCCCAGGAGGUUUGAAACUGGAUCCGGGUCGCUCAAUGCUGUUUAGUAGAAAGGGCUCUACACCAAGUCCCUUUCGUGGGCUCAGAAAACGACCUUGGGCAGAUGUUAAUGACUUAGAUGCACCAGAUGAUAGGUCUUAUGUGAAGAGCGCUGAUGAUCUAGCCUGGAAAUUAACGCUAGAAAAAGCUAUAGCUGAGGAAAAGGCUUCGUAUGUGCCAGAGGACAAGAGGGGUCAGUUUAUUAAGGAACCGUCCACUGAAAUCGGUGGGUUCCCGCCGAAUGGAUCGCAAAUAGGCAAUAGUGUCUUGGUUGACGAUUUCGAGAAUAUCGAGGACUUUGAAGAGGUGGGGUUUGAAGAAAACGAGGACAGACAUCUUUUCGAUCCAAUCUCUGGGGCAAUCGAACAGGGCUUUCAGGACUUGGAUGAUCUUUCUCCUGAGGAAAUUCAAAUGAUCAUGGAGCCAGAUAGGACUGGAAGCCGGGAUAUAUCGCGGGAUGAGGAAAUACUACAUUGUCCAAUGUGUGCCGCUGAAAUUUCACAUUUAUCAGAGAGAGACGCAAAUGCUCACGUCAAUGGCUGUUUAGAUGGCAAGCCAGUACCCCUACCAUUUCCCAAGCCCAGCGUACGUUCUCCAGUAGUAUCUCCGUUCUUCUCUAAAGGCCCUGCACACAUAUCGAAAAUUCCAGAGUCACCCUCAGCAUUCACAAAAAUAAUGUCUCGAAACAUCGAGUCACAGGCAUGGGCGUCUGCUGCCAAGUCUGAGAUGGAGCCGCGUGGGAAAUGGGGAGCGCAGAAAACAUGCCCGUUUUUUAAGAUGCUAUUUGGAGGGUCAAUAACCGUGGAUGCGUUCAAGUAUGGCAGCAUUCCUGGGUGUCAGGCAUACUUUCUUAGCCACUUCCACAGUGACCAUUAUGUUGGUCUGACUUCUAAAUGGGACCACGGCCCUAUAUGGUGUUCCCGUGCUACAGCCAACCUUGUGCGCAUGAAGUUGAGAGUCGAUCCUAAGUACGUGCAGGAAUUCCCAUUUGAAGAGUGGACGGAUGUGGUUGAUGGGAUUCGUGUGAGAGGGUUGGAUGCGAACCAUUGUCCGGGAAGCAUGCUAUUCUUAUUCGAGCAAGACUGUGUCGGAAGGCUGGGCAAGCAGAGAAUUCUCCAUUGCGGCGAUUUCAGAGCUUCGGCAAAGCAUCUGAAUCAUCCUCUGUUGAGACCGGGAAAAGACGGCGUUAAGGGACAAAAACUGGAUUCGGUAUACCUGGACACCACAUACCUUAAUCCGAAAUAUGCAUUCCCUAGUCAAAAGAGUGUUAUCAAAGCUUGCGAGGAGCUUUGUGUGGGACUUAAUAAAGAAUCAAUUGAUGGUCAAGGAGGGACGUUCGCGAAAACAGCAACUCUGAUGAAUAGGAUGGGAAAAUUCGGAAGCUCCUCGUUGUUGUGGGGACCUAUAGUAUCGGAAAAGAGAAAGUCUGAAUUGCAAAAGCUCUUUGCUCCAAAAUCUUCGCACCACAAGAUAAGAUCAAAAUUUGCCAGUGUCCACAUGACACCGCUAAUGAAAAUUAACCCCGAGACUCUGCGAGACUACCUCAACAAGUUCAACCCACAUUUUUCCCGCAUAGUCGGCCUUCGCCCCUCCGGCUGGAGCUACCGACCGCCAUCAAACCGCCUUACAGACUCUCCCUCCGUAAACAAUGUCCUUCACUCUGCCAGUUGGAAGGGGGAGUACCGGCUCUCAGAAUUGCUCCCUCAGCACGGAAGUACUAGAGAGUCAAAAUGUUAUUCAGUGCCAUACAGCGAGCAUAGCAGUUUCCGAGAGCUGACCAUGUUCUGCUGUGCGCUAAAUAUUAGGAAAAUUAUUCCUACUGUCAAUAUUGGCAGUGAAGCAAGCAGAGAUAAGAUGAACAGGUGGUUUGAAAGGUGGGAGGCUGAGAAGAGGAGAAGUGGGCUUUUUAAGAUAGAGGACGAGGAGUUUUAA